AUGGCUGACCGCCCGUCUGCCGCCUCAUCUUCGAGGCGGCAUAAGCUGGGCGAUGAUGCUGUCGGUCAGUUCGUCAUAGACCAGGAGAUAGGGAAAGGGAGCUUUGCCCAGGUGUACUCUGGCCGACACAAGGUCACCGGCGCUUUAGUAGCCAUCAAAUCUGUCGAGCUCGCUCGCUUGAACAAGAAGUUAAAAGAGAACCUCUAUGGCGAGAUACAGAUCCUCAAGACGCUUCGUCAUCCUCACAUUGUCGCUCUCCACGACUGCGUCGAAUCAGGUACACACAUCAAUCUCAUCAUGGAAUACUGCGAACUCGGUGACCUAUCACUAUUCAUCAAGAAGCGGGAUAGGCUGGUCACCAACCCCGCCACGCACGACAUUGCGCGGAAAUACCCCGUCCUUCCCAAUUCGGGUCUAAACGAGGUCGUUACUCGCCAUUUUCUAAAGCAACUUGCCAGUGCUCUACAGUUCUUGCGAGAGGGCAAUUUCGUCCACCGAGAUGUCAAGCCGCAAAACCUGCUUCUUCUGCCGUCUCCGUUAUGGCGAGAAGGCAACAGGAUGGCCAAGCACAUUCUGAGCGCCAGCCAUGACUCUCUUACACCUGCAGCUGGGGUACCGUCGCUCCCAAUGCUCAAGCUGGCCGAUUUCGGCUUCGCGCGUGUCCUGCCCUCGACGUCCCUUGCCGAGACCCUUUGCGGCUCGCCUCUUUACAUGGCUCCUGAGAUCCUCCGUUACGAGCGGUAUGAUGCUAAGGCAGACCUAUGGUCCGUGGGUACAGUUUUGUUCGAGAUGGCUACAGGGAAACCGCCCUUCAAGGCUGCCAACCACGUUGAGCUCCUCAGGAAGAUUGAAGCGGCCAACGACCUCAUCAAGUUUCCUCGAGAAAGCGUCGUCAGCUCUGAUAUGAAGGCCUUGAUUCGAGCGUUACUGAAGCGAAAUCCAGUGGAGCGAAUGAACUUCAAGGAUUUCUUCAACCAUACGGUAAUUACGGGUCCUAUCCCGGGUCUUGUUGAAGAUGACGUCCCCAGAAACGAGAGUCUGCUUCAAAAGGAGAUCAAGUCAGCUGCUGCGGUGGAUGAGCCGCUUGCGGCGUCUCGCAGGCACUCGUUUGCUCGCCGAUAUCCCGCAGACCAGGACGGAAUCCGUGAGACGGGAAUCCCUCCGUCGCCUAAGCAGCGUCGGUCCUCCCCACUCGCGACUCCCGUCGAAGCCAAAACCAAUCCUCUGGAACAGAUGCCAAGCUCGCGCGAGCGUAUGAGCUACUCACCUCAACAGGAAGCAGGUGAAGGUUUGGGAAUCCGCCCCGCCCCCCAGUCGUCUACCUCCGCACCCUCGCGGCCAGCUUCGUAUGUCGACCGACACCGGCGAUAUUCAAACGCUUCGUUGAAAACGCAGAUUCGUGAGGCCCAGUCACCCCAACUGUCUCUGCUGGUGGAAACAAGCAAGGCCAGGCCCAGCGGCAAAACGGAGAAGCCCAUCAGCGAUGCGGAGAAGGCUGCUCAAGAUGUAGCAUUUGAGCGCGACUAUGUGGUUGUUGACAAGAAACACCUCGAAGUCAAUGCACUUGCGGACCAGAUAUCUUUAUACCCGCAGCAGCCAUCAUCGCCCAAGUCCGGCCAAGUCAUCAGACGUACUUCAAAUGCAGCGGCUAGCUCGGGCUCCAGGAACAUUCUCAUAUCGCAGGGCCGGAACGACCAUAACCGACAGGGCUCUUACGAUAAGGCCUUGUCCAGCAGCCCUGGUUCGGCAACUUCGGUAAUCUCGAAGGCCAUUCAGGACGCUAGUCUCCGCCUGUUUGGCAUCAAGUAUUCGCCACACCUUCUGGGUAAGGGUCAAUCGCCACCUCAGAUUUACAGCCCGUUCCCGGCUUAUCCAACUCCGUCGGCGCCUGUUGGCUUGCUUGUGGAUGGAAAGCAGAGUGCGCCCGUAGAUGAGGAUUCACGUGUCGCGCAGUGCAUUGAAGAUUAUGCAACACGAAGCGACGUUGUUUUCGGCUUUGCCGAAGUGAAGUACAAGCAGCUCAUUCCCCUGGCGCCAUCCAUAGAACACGGUCUAGGUGGCAUCCCGGUCGAUAAGCCGGCAUUGGACGACGAGGAUGGGCUCACGAUUGAAGCAGUAGUCUCACUUUCGGAGGAGGCCUUGGUUUUAUACGUCAAGGCUCUGGCUCUCCUCGCAAAAUCCAUGGAUAUCGCCAGCCUGUGGUGGACCCGCAAGAACCGGACGGAGUCGAGCAGCAGUGUGCAUUCAGCUGCUCGAGAUUCAUCAAACAGUCAGGCACUAACGUUGAGAAUCAACGCAGCAGUUCAGUGGAUCCGGGCUCGCUUCAACGAGGUGCUGGAGAAGGCGGAGGUUGUCCGACUAAAGCUCAUUGAGGCGCAGAAGCAACUGCCCAGAGAGCAUGCUAGCCACCCGGACAACCAUACAACCGAGGCAGUUUCGACGAGCAGCUCUGGUGCUGAAGGUGUUUUUCUAACGGCCGGCAUCAGUGCUGAGAAACUCAUGUACGAUCGCGCUCUUGAGAUGAGCCGCGCCGCUGCCAUCAAUGAGAUAGCCAACGAGGAUCUUGCGGGCUGCGAGAUCUCCUACGUAACGGCGAUCCGGAUGCUCGAGGCCGUUUUAGACCAAGACGAUGACCACCUGCCCAAACGAAGAGUAUCAAGUGCGUCAAAGGACGAAAAAUCCGUCGCUGUUUAUGACGAAGGCUCGGGGGAGAUGAACAGCGACGACCAGCAAGCUGUUCAAAAAGUGAUUCAGAUGGUGACCGGCAGAUUAGGGACUGUCCGGAAGAAGCUGCACAUGAUUGCUACGGCAUCUCGCGCCCAGCAUCAACAACAAAAUCUGGUUCGGCGGCGCAGCGGCGACAUUCAGCCUCGCAGCGUGCCUGCCGUUUGA